AGCAAAAGAAGUCAAGAUACGGAUAACAUGGUUUUCAAAUUCUUUCGCCAUUGUACGUUCACUAUUUACUACCUUCUCUGUGAACAACUAUGGUGCAUGGUGCAACAUUUGCCUUUAAAAGAGAGAUACUGUACUAUUCUUUAUGCCAUGACCAGCGACAAUGCUGCCACAAUCGCGGAAAACAACACUACCAUGGUUCCCAUAGCACACGCCCCAGAGUUGGAGAUCGCAUCACUGCCGACGCUCGUAMCCACAUACUCCUCUCCGUUCUUUUCAGUAUUAGACAAUCCRGAAGCAGGAAGGAGAGUCUUGGAAUCGAGGGCUGUGACUUCGUUAGUGGUUGGAAAGCACUUGCAGGACUCGUCGAAGGAGACCUGCCCUCCAAAGGCAUAUGCCACUCCAGUUUCGGGCCACGAGGCACCCGAAAAGCGAAAGCGGAAUUCCGGAAUAUCCGCCACCUCGUCCCAUUCGGCAGAAUCAUCGCUUCCGGCAAUCGUCGAAUACUCCAAGGCUUCCACAUCAUUAACAGCUAGCGACUGGUGAGCGAGCGGAGGGACCAAUUCAGGUGCAGCACACUGAUUGGGGUGGUUGACUUCCCCACCAAUUGAGAAAAUAGUCCCGGAGGCUUCCACCAUAGCCCCAUCACCACGGGCCUGGAUGAGGUCACCGGCACUGCUCCACUCGUCGGCGUCGAAAUCGUACACCUCGGCACUUGUAAGAGGUUGGCACAUGCCAGAAUACCCUCCAGCGACGUAGGCCUUGGUACCAUCCGCAGAGGAAACCGCGUGGAUGUCUCCCCGCUGAGUGGUCAACGAAGCACGCUUGGUGACGACCAAAUCGUCGUCGGCGCUAGAUGCUAGGGCAUCCGCUGUGCUGAAGCUAAAGGUGGUGUCCAGAGCAUCUGGAUCAAAGUACUGCGGAUUGUAUCCGCCAACGACGUAAAUUGCGGAUCCGUCAGCGUUGGUGAAAGCCCCAUUGUCACUCGUCAGAUAGGCUUCGGGAAUGGUCCCGACAGUUGACCACGAAUCCGUUUCAGGAUCGUAUACCUACAUUUUAGAAAACAUUGUUUUUGGAUUAUAUGUUUGUGUUUGUCAUAUUGUUUUGUUUCGUUGGAGAAGUCAAAUGAUAAAGACAGAAUCGUACGUAGGCAUAUUGAGAUGACGCGUCCACGAAUGAAUUCGAAGAAGGCGAGGCACAAGUAACAAACGCACAUUCCAACUAAAAUAGAGUGUCAGAAUAAAAAUUACAGCAAAAUACUCACAUCGACUUCGGCAAUGACCGUGUCGUCGGGGAUCGUCCGUCCCCCAACAAGCCAUAACUUUCCGGCUGCAGAAACGGCGGCGUGCCGGUAUCUCGGACGUGGCAUCUUGGCUCUUGUUUCGAAGGACUUGGUGUCAAAGGCAAAAAGUUGGUCCGAGUAGGUUUCACACAGGAAAAAAUCUAGCUCCAACCCGUUAGCGUCGACGUAGGUGUUCCCAUUCGGAGAAUCACAGCCUCCGGCGAUGUAAAUGGCGGCUUUUGACGAAGAACCUGCCGGAACAUAGGUAGAAGAGUGGUCCGAGACUGAGAUAGGAAGUCUAGUGCUGGUCAAGACGUUCCAGGACAAAUCUUCGUCUGCCAARACGGUUUUGGGUUUGGCACAGAAGAAUAGAAACGAGGCAGAGAUUGCAGCGAAAGGAGAAAGCAGCUUCAUGGCGAUGAUUGGUUGAUUGCCUAGUUAGGCAAAAUAGGAUUGAGAAGUUGAAGAAAGUUAUUUAUUCCCGGGUUCUAAUCUUCAGAGGGCGAAUAAAUGGAUCGAAGGACGCGUUGAAAAGAAACUCGGGGAAGGAACACGUCCGAGAUGCUAUAUUGUCUUGUCAAGAAAUAUUGUGAAUAUGUGUUGACUUGAGAAUUGAAACUAUUCGUUGAAAUAGUUUGACGUUUUGCGGAAGCUACGGGAUGGGUUCUUGUCGAAACAAUGGUGAUGAUACGUCAAACAAUCUAAAAAUCACUUUUUUGUUUGGACAUUGAUUUGGAUCGAUUAAAAUUAUUACAGUAAU